AUGGAAUUAUUGGGUCUAAGUUCAUCUUCAAGAUCAAUCAACAAAGUUCGAUAUGGAAAUUUGGCGAAUGCUAUAUACCCCAAACGUAUUCCAAAGAUUAAGUAUGGUCCUGUCAUGGACGAAUUGGGAUUUACGCUUAGUGAGAGGUUGGCGCUAAGGCAAGCAUGGAAUAUAAUACGGCCUUUUUCCCGACGAUACGGACAGGAUGUGUUUUUUAAUUAUCUAGGUGACGCCUAUUUGGAUAUUCUUAAGUUCCAGCAUAAUGGGAAAAUCAAUCUACACGCUCUUCACAACCAUGCUAGAGGUUUUUUGUUGUUUAUUGGAAGCUUGAUUGAAGAACAGGAUCCUGUGAUGUUUCAGUUGAUGCUGAAUGACAAUAAUAUGACACACAGCAGGUGCAAUGUAGGAUCCGUUUUUAUGGUGGAACUGGCUAAAGCCAUGACGGAUUAUAUUCUAAAGGUUUUCGAGAAGGUGAGCUCGGCAUCGCUAGAAAGUGGAUUUCGAAAGAUUGUGGAAAAGUUCCAGGGCUACCAGGAUAUCCAACAAUAUCAUACGGGAAUGACCUACAAUCGCGCCCGGACCAAGGCCAGUAGCAGAACAUCUAGUAGUAUCGCUUUGCAUUGAUAAUCUAAUAUUUGGCUUUUCGAAAACCCCUACAUUAUCUGUGGAUUUAUGUUUUCGGCUCUCCAAUGCUCCCCCGCAAAUGGAAAUUAUGCCGCUGGUUCGGGAGCUGCCUCGGCCUCUGCCACUGCCAUAUAGUGCUCUCGUUUGAUAUGGGGUUAGCUCUGUCGCAGUCGCAGUCGUCGUGGACGUCGCCCUCGUAGCUCUGCCGCCAUUGGUACCGCCGAUUUCGUUUAUUUGCUAAGCGAGUUUCCUUGGAGAAAUUCAGUUUUGUCCGGGCGCUCAUCGCGUCCAUUUGUCGAAGUGCUGCCAUUAAUUUUGAACUGAUCACGGCGGUUGUACUAUAACAUUAAAUAAAAAACUCUUGGAAAUCUCGCAUUAGCGGGUGGAACAUUUAAA